AUGCAGCUGAUCUAUCGUGAACUUGAGGCGGACAUACUCCGCCGCACCAACGCCGUCUUUCCGGUACAAAAUUGCUUUGUUGAGGUGCUCCCAGACCAGUUGAUCAUACCCAGGAAGUACGUGGAGCUGGGCGAGUCAAUUCGAUCGCUUCCCGUUUACCAGGACGAUGUGUGGAUGGUGUCCUAUCCACGAACCGGAUCGACGUGGGCCCAGGAGAUGGUCUGGCUGCUGGGUCACCAGCUGGACUACGUGGCCGCUGAGCAGGAUUUGAGAUUGCGAUCCCCGCUCAUUGAACUGUCCGCUUUGUUUAGCACCGAUCAUCACGAGACGGUUGCCCAAAAGUUUGGAAACACCGUGGAUCUGGUUCGCAAUCUGCCACGCCCACGUUUUGCACGCUCCCACUUAUCCUGGCAACUGUUACCCGAGCAAUUUGAGACGGUGCAGCCGAGGAUCGUGUACACUGCUCGAAAUCCCAAGGAUCUUUGCGUCUCGUACUAUCACUACUGCAAGUUACUGCACGGCAUCAAUGGGAACUUUGAGCAGUUCGUCGAUCUCUUCCUGGAGGGACACACUCCGAUGGGUUCCUACUGGAAGCACGUGCUGCCCUUUUGGAAACGGAGUCAGGACGAGAACGUGCUGUUCAUUAAGUACGAGGACAUGGUGAAGGAUCUGCCCAGUGUGGUUCGUCGCUGUGCAAGAUUCCUGGGAGUAGAGAGCCUCCUCGAUGUGGACACUUUGCAGAAACUAUGCGAUCACCUCACAUUCGACAAGAUGCGGGCGAACAAGGCGGUGAAUCUGGAGAAGCUGCUGCCGGAGUCAUCGUCCAAGUUCAUACGGAAGGGCAAAAUCGGCGACUGGCGCAAUCACAUGGACAAUGAGAUGUCGGAACGCUUCGAUGAAUGGAGCGAGAAGCAUUUUCGUGGCGCUGGACUAACCUUUGACUACGAGUGA